UGGCGCUGCUCGUGACUACUUCUUGUUGUUAUUUUUUUUUUUCUGAAGGUGGUAGUUGGGUGUGGGGGAGGGUAAAAGAUAACGUUUUGCGUUCGAUUCUUCUAAUUCAACCGAUAGAGGCGCCGCCGUUGCCAUAGCGACCUGCCCUUCGACGGGCCCGGCCUGGGACGAAGCCCCAGUGGCCGAGGCCAUGGAGGAACCCGGGGCAACCGCCUCGGUCUGUGGAGACGCUGCCGCCGCCGCCGCGGCCGUGGCCGUCGCCGCCGCGUCUGAAGUGACAGAAAUCCUCGUUCCUGGCCCGCAGCCGCUGCGGCUGCUUGAAUGGAAAGUAGCGACCGGAGCGGCAGUGAAAAUCGGCUCGGUCUUGGCCGUCUGCGCGCCUAUCCAGAGCCCGGCGCGGCCGGGCGCGUUGCCUAUCGAGCCCGGCCUGCAACGGGCGGCCGAGCGAAAGGUCAAAGCCGAGCGCCCGGGAAUCGUACGAGAGCUGCGCGCCCAGCUGGGUCAAGUCAUUCCGCCGGGAGGUGUACUGCUAAGGCUAGAAGCAUGUAGCCAUCCUGUUGUUAUGAAAGGUUUAUGUGCAGAAUGUGGUCAAGAUUUGACACAGUUACAAAGCAAGAAUGGAAAACAAAACAUGCCUGUUUCCACAGCAACUGUAUCAAUGGUUCAUAGUGUCCCAGAAUUGAUGGUUAGCUCUGAGCAAGCCGAACAGUUGGGAAGAGAAGAUCAAGAAAGGCUACGCCGAAAUCGGAAACUGGUGCUGAUGGUAGAUUUGGAUCAAACAUUGAUUCAUACCACAGAGCAACAUUGUCCACAGAUGUCUAACAGAGGAAUAUUUCAUUAUCAGUUAGGUCGAGGUGAACCUAUGCUCCAUACACGAUUGCGACCUCAUUGUAAAGAAUUCCUAGAAAGAAUUGCCAAGUUGUAUGAGCUGCAUGUUUUCACAUUUGGGAGCCGGCUUUAUGCACAUACUAUUGCAGCAUUUUUGGACUCUGAAAAGAAGCUUUUUUCUCAUCGAAUAUUGUCGAGGGAUGAAUGUAUUGAUCCAUAUUCAAAAACUGGCAACCUUAGGAACUUAUUUCCUUGUGGGGAUUCCAUGGUUUGCAUUAUUGAUGACAGAGAAGAUGUUUGGAAAUUUGCACCUAAUUUGAUCACUGUGAAGAAAUAUGUAUAUUUUCAGGGUAUAGGUGAUAUUAAUGCACCACCUGGCUCAAAGGAAGCUCAAAUGAGAAAGAAAGCAAAUCAUUCCUCAAAAUUAAUGGAUGCAGCUGAUCCAGCAGCAGUAAUAAAAGAUUCUGAAGAAAUGAGGAACACUGGAAAUGUGGAAGAACAGAGCAAUGGCAUUAAAAAAUCUACAAAAGAAGUAAAUGGCAAUAAUUCUGUCAGCAGUGAGACUUCACCAUGUGAUUUGAAUUCUAACAAUAAAGGAACAACAGACUCUUUGUGUGAUUCUGAUCAGAUAACAAAUGUUCCUAAUACAAAUAAUCAGAUGAGCGCCAAGGAAUCUUGUGUACCUUCAGAUCAGGAAAACAGGAAAACAGGCAAGCAGCAGAUUCAAGACAAAACAGCCAAUUAUUUGGACUUCGAGUUGUCUAGUGAUAGUGAAAGUGAUAGUGGCCUGGAAGCUAAAAAAUCUUUAUCUUCUUCUGCCUCUGAUAGUGAAAAUGAAGGGAAAAGAAGCUGGAAAAAGUCAAAGCAUUCUGUGCAGGAAGAAAAGGGUGUACAUCUGCAGGAAAACAAUACAAAUUUAGAAAAAGAUGGACAGUUGAACCAUUCUGGAGACUCUGUACCUUCACUUACUGUUAAUACACAUGCCAAAGCUUUGGAUUUGGAAACACGUGAAGAAAUUGAACAAGAUAGCCUUUGUAGUCUAGGAAAUGGUUGUGUAGACAAGAAAGAAGCUGAGACAGAGUCUCAAAAUAGUGAACAAUCUGGCAUAACUGUAGGAGAAUCUUUAGAUCAAAGUAUGGAAGAAGAAGAAGAUGAUGACACAGAUCAUGAUGACCAUUUAAUAUACCUUGAAGAAAUUCUUGUCAGAGUGCAUACAGAUUAUUAUUCCAAGUAUGAUAAAUAUGUCAGAAAAGAAACAGAUGAACUUCCAGAUAUACGAAAAAUAGUGCCAGAACUGAAACAAAAAGUUUUGUCAGAUGUUACUAUAUUAUUUAGUGGAUUAUACCCUACAAAUUUUCCUAUAGAAAAAACACGGGAGCAUUAUCAUGCUAUUGCACUUGGAGCUAAGAUUACAAAAACUCUUGUAUUGAAUGAAGAUGACCCCAAUAAGCCAACCCACCUUAUUGCAGCCAGAGCAGGCACAGAAAAAAUCCGGCAAGCUCAGAACUGUAAAAAUCUUCAUAUUGUAAAUCCAGAUUGGUUAUGGUGCUGCUUGGAACGAUGGGACAAAGUAGAAGAACAACUGUUUCCUUUGAAGGAGGAUUACUUCAAAACACAAAGAGAAAACAGUCCUGCCAUGUUUCCAGAUAUCCCUAGUGCUUUCCAGACUGCUCUUUUUCAUCCAACUCCCAUUCAUCCAAAGUGUCAGCCUGGGCCUGAAGUUCGACUUUAUGAUCCCAAUACUGGAAAACUAAUUAGGAAAGGAUCUCAGAAUUCCAACCAGUCUCCGUAUAUUCAAGCACCAGCUCCACCUCUCACUUUACCAGUCCAUGGGGAGCAUUCUUUAUUCAGAGCCGUUCAACCACAUCAGCAGCUUUUUGAUGAAGAAGAGGUUCCGGCAAGUGAAAAUGAGGAGCCUGGCCCAUCCAGGAGGAAGCGCCAGCCAAGUAUGUCUGAGACUAUGCCACUUUAUACUCUGUGCAAGGAGGAUUUAGAAAGUAUGGAUAAAGAGGUUGAUGAUAUUUUAGGAGAAGGUAGUGAUGACAGUGACAGUGAAAAAAAGAAAACGGAAGAAGAAAAGCAAGAACCUCAUAGUACUACAAAAGAGACUCUAAAUAUAAAAGUGGAAGAAAGACCAGUAUCAACAUCAUCAAGUGAAAGAAGUGUGACAGGCAGUACACCCAGGGGUCACAAGCGAAAGCUAGCUGACGAUGAUGUUGCCAGUGAAUCAAGUAAAGGAUCGAGCAAUGAAGAUGAGGAGGGUAGCAGCUCAGAGGCUGAUGAAAUGGCGGCAGCAUUAGAAGCCGAACUGAAUGAUUUUAUGUAA